AUGGGUUUCCCUCUUGCUUCCUCCCUCUCGUCCUCUCCCACCUCUUCUUCCCCCACAAUUCUUCCAUGCCCGCCGCCACCGUCGGCGGCGGUAGUCCCCAGCCCCUGCGCCGCCUGCAAGAUCCUCCGCCGAAAAUGCACCGAUACGUGCAUCCUCGCCCCCUUCUUCCCCCCCGGUGAGCCCCUCAAGUUCGCCGCCGCUCACAAGGUCUUCGGUGCCAGCAACAUCAUCAAGCUUUUGCAGGUUAACACACACAGAGAGGAGAAAGAGAGAGAGAUGCCGGAGAUGUGUUGUUUGAUAACGAGAUUUUCUUGUGAAUGGGCUGAUUCAGGGGCUUCCAGAGAGCCAGAGAGGUGACGCUGUGAAGAGCGUGGUGUACGAGGCCAACGCCAGGCUCAGGGACCCUGUCUACGGCUGCGCCGGCGUGAUCUGGCAGCUCCAGCGGCGACUCGGCGAACUGCAGGCACAGGUGGCCAAGGCGGAGGCGGAGCUCUUCACCGUGCAGUCGCAACGCGCUAACCUCGUCGCCGUUCUCUGCAUGAAGAUGGCCGCCGCCCCAUCGGCGCCCGAUGACCUCGCCACCGGCGGCGCCACCAUCCCACUGCAGGACGACCCCUCCUGCUUCCUCGACGACGGCGGCGGACAAGCGGCGCCACCGUGGGAGCUCCUAUGGGCAUGA